CAGCGACAUGACAAAAUGGAGCGCACCCACUGUUAGACAACCAACACUUAACACAGAGAACCAGCCGAGUAGAUCAUCCGUUACAAAAACACGUUAAAUCUCGUUUUUAACAUAGCAUAUAUUAAUAUUGUAAUUUCGCUAAAUAUUGAUUAUAUCACCGGUGUUCUUUUACGCAGAUAAAUACACUUAAAUCAAAAAUAUAACGCAAACUCCGCGUUAGUUCACUGCUCUCGCGAGCAAGCGAAGUCACCGCUAGCUAGAAGGUAGCUAGGUGAGCUAAUGUUUAGCGUUAAACGGUGGAGCUGCGCACUUUCCGGCUACUGUUCACAUGGCUGUACGCUGGUUAUGCAGGGGCGACACCGGGCAGCGACACCAGCCGCACCGCAGUCCGUCAUCCAGGCAGUUGGUGCUGAAGCAGAGCGGAGCUGCAUCUUCCUCCUCCUCCUCUUGCUUCUCCUCCGUGGCGUGGGGAUUAUAAUUUCACCUGGAUGCCACUGUCCUCCAGGAGCCGCCCUGCUGUGGCUGAUGGAAACAGACAUUCGUCAAAAAUGUGCGCGAAUGUGUUCGGAGUUUUGAAAAGCCUGUUUGGGAAGCCCUUUGAUGGCGGGAAAAGGAUGGACCAUGGUGGCCCGCAGCAGCAGCAGCAGCAACAUCCCAUGGAGCAGCAGCAGCAGCCGUAUAAUGCACAGCACCCCGCCAUGAUGCGCCUCUACGAGGUGCAGAGGGAGGUGGCGUCUCUGGGGCCUCAGGUGUGCACCUUCAGCGGCCUGCAGAACGACCGCGACUACAAGCGCCUGGAGCGGGAGCUGACGCGGCUGCUGCUGGAGGUGGACCAGGUGGACACGGAGGGCAAACCGGAGCUGCAGGGAGCUCGGAAGAGGGCAGCGCAGGAGGUGGAGGGGCUCCUCCGGUACCUGGAGGAGAACGCCACACAUCCGUCCCGCCAGGUCAUUGAAGAGCUGAGCGUUGAGGCGCGCCGCCUGGUGGACGAACUCAUAGUGGCGCCUCAACGUUCUGGCGGUGUAGCCGAAAUCAACGACGAGCUGGUGGACGCUCUGCAGGUGCUCGUGCUGAGGCUCACCCAGGUGAAGACUGAGGGGAGGGUGCCGCUCCGCAAAGCACGUUACCGGGCGCUGACGCGGCUGUGUGCGGUGCAGGACGUGAUCGAGGGACGCACGCAGGAGCAGACCCUCUCCCUGCCGCUGUCCGGGGAAACCCACGAGGCCGUGAACCGCAUCAACCAGGUGAUGGUGAAGGUGAGCGUGGCCCGCGGUCAGCUGGUGGCGCUGCUGAUGGGCCUGAGCGGGAGGGACAGCUGCGCUCACCUGUCACGCAUCCUGACGGAGAUGCAGGUGGAGCUGGACGCUCUGGAUGUCUCCGGAAAUGGAGCGAUCAGGAAUUACAGGAAGCAGGUUGUGGAGGAGAUAAACGGGCUGUUGAAGCACCUGGACCUGGAGGGAGAAGGAGACGACACACGCAGAUAUGACUUGGGGCAGAACAACUCCAUCCGUGAGAUCGAGUCUGUGCGAGCUCACGUCUCCCACCUGCGAGAGGGCAUCCUGCGACACUGCGCCAUGGGCGACCUCAGCUUCAGACCCAAAGCCGAGCUGCAGAGCCUCCUCACACACCUGGACCAGGUGGACACGGCCAAGAACCCGUGCAUCCGAGAGGCCCGCCGCCGCGCUGUGGUGGAGGUCCAAGCCGCCAUCACCUUCCUGGACCUCCGCGAGGCCCUGGCCCGCCGCCAGCCGGGCCCCAGCGAGCACCCGGCCCACCGGGCCGUGUGGCAGGUCCUGGGGAGCCUCUCGGACCUGCAGGCUCAGGUGCUCGGCUUCGACGGCAAGCGCAUCGACAAGAGCUACAUGAUCCUGGAGGAGCUGCUGACCAAACAGCUGCUAAAGCUGGAUGCCGUGGACCCGCAGGGGGACGAGAGCACCAAGGUGGCGCGCAAGCAGGCGGUGAAGUUCGCCCAGAACAUUCUCAACUACCUGGACAUGAAGACGGACGAGUGGGAGUAUUGACGAGUGGGACGUGGCUGCAGGAACGAACGAGGAGCUGAUAAUGUGUGUAAAUAAAGAAAAAAAACAAACUGCUACGUUAUCAUUCCAUGGGCUGUAAAUAUGGACUCAAACCCCCAGAAUGCACUGCAGCAGCGCUUUUCUGUCAUCUUUAGCGAUAGUCGUGGCCGACCCUGCUGAGAAGUCAACACAGAACUCCUUUUGUGAGACUCUAUUUUUGUGAGCGUUUGGAGGAUUUUCAUCUUAAACGUCCGUGUGUGUGUCGUCUUCGUCGUGUUUGUGUGUGUGUGUGUGUGUGUCUGUGUGUGUGUGCACUUGUUGAACCUGCUGCCAGAGCACCAAACAAUCCCUGCUGGUCAUUUCCUCCAGACUGCACUCAUUAUUGAUCGAUUGCUUGAGCCUGAUUGAUUGCUUCACAGUGGCUUUUCCAUCUUUCCUGGUUAAUUUGAGUGUCAGUUGCUAACGGAGACGGUCGUUGUGAGUUUGAACAGUGACCUCAUCGGUGAGAGACGUCUGUCCACUUUGACCGUGACAACAGAGCUUUGUCCACAUUGUAAUAUCUACACAAAAAUACCAGACAUUAAAGUACUACACAGAGGCUACAUUUGUUUUCCUCUUUGGCAGCCAUGUUUUCUCUCAGUGCAGUGUUUUGCUCACUUAAAAAGCACAGCUCUGGUCGAAUUACUAGAAACUAGAAAGUGUUGCGGUCAAAAUGGUCAUAAUCUCACCUAUAAUCACAGCUGUCGUGGUCAAAAUGGUCAUAAUCUCACCUAGAAUCACAGGUGUUGUGGUCAAAAUGGUCAUAAUCUCACCUAGAAUCACAGCUGUCGUGGUCAAAAUGGUCAUAAUCUCACCUAUAAUCACAUCUGUCGUGGUCAAAAUGGUCAUAAUCUCACCUAGAAUCACAGCUGUCGUGGUCAAAAUGGUCAUAAUCUCACCUAUAAUCACAUCUGUCGUGGUCAAAAUGGUCAUAAUCUUACCUAGAAUCACAGCUGUCGUGGUCAAAAUGGUCAUAAUCUCACCUAUAAUCACAUCUGUCGUGGCCAAAAUGGUCAUAAUCUCACCUAGAAUCACAGGUGUUGUGGUCAAAAUGGUCAUAAUCUCACUUGACACUAAGGCUGUUGUGGUCAAAAUGGUCAUAAUCUCACCUAUAAUCACAGCUGUCGUGGUCAAAAUGGUUAUAAUCUCACCUAGAAUCACAGGUGUUGUGGUCAAAAUGGUCAUAAUCUCACUUGACACUAUGGCUGUUGUGGUCAAAAUGGUCAUAAUCUCACCUAUAAUCACAGGUGUGGUCAAACUGGUCAUAAUCUCACCAGAAACCACAGCUCUGGUGGUCAAAUGGUCAUAAUCCCACCUGAGCCCACAGCUGUUGUGGUCAAGUGUCUGAGCUCUUGUGUUUGUGUUUGGUGCUCGUGGAGCCGUCAGUGUGUCGUAUGUUUCCAGACGUCGUUGUUGUUGUGACUCCGUGUGAUUGCGUUUGUCUAUAAAUGGAUCACAGACCGA